CUCUCUCUCUCUAUGGACAUAUAUAUGUAUAGGGCCUGCUGAAGCAAAAAUCUGCGGAUGGCAUCGAUGAGUUGAGUUGCAGGGAGACGAUGAGAAACUUCAUCGUCGGAGUCUGCUUAGGUUGGUUGGCAGCAGCGAUUCUGGUGAAUGGUCAGCCAGGAUUCGUGAGCAUCGACUGUGGCGCCACUCGUAGCUAUACCGACUCCGAAACUGGAAUACUGUACCGAGUCGAUGAAGGAUACAUCGACACGGGUAGAAACGUCAGAAUCGCUAAAAGGUACAUCGAGGAUCCUACAAAGCUGCAGACGUGGUUCACCGUUCGAAGCUUUCCCGAGGGAACUCGCAACUGCUACACCUUUCCCGGGUUGAAGGAAGGGGACAGGUAUCUCGUAAGGGCCUCCUUCGUUCACGGCAACUACGACGGCCAAGCCUCUGGCGACUCCAUCGCCCCACCACUGCUAUUCGAUCUCUAUGUCGGUGUCAACGUCUGGCAAACCAUCAACAUCACCGAGGUGUACACACUUUACGGGGCCGAGAUUAUUACUGCCGCCCCAUCCGACUCCCUGUCGAUAUGCCUGGCCAACAUUGGUUUGGGAGCGCCGUUCAUAUCUUCGCUGGAGUUGAGGCAUAUCGACAACCACCUGGCGUACCAGGACGCGAAUCAAUCCGCUGCACUACUCUUCUACAGUCGCUUCAACUUGGGAUCCCUCACCAACGACACCGUCAGGUAUCCAGAAGAUAAAUAUGAUAGGACAUGGGAUCCUUGCAACAGUUAUAUUGGUUGUGAAACAUGGUAUUUUACGAGCAGUACUUUGGGAAUCAAGACCACUCGUGGUGAUGCUUAUGAGGUCCCAGGCGUGGUCAUGCGGACUGCAACUGUUGCUGCAGAUAAUUUUACAUUGCAAUAUUUCUUGGGCUAUGGCCUCAAUUCGAGUGUUCAAACAACAUUCUAUAUCUAUUUGCACUUUGCUGAUUUCGACUAUUUAAGUGGGAAUGGAAGUAGAAUUUUUCAGGUGAGAGCAGACGGGGAACCCGAUAGUGAUAACAUCAGUCCUGCAUAUCUACUGGCAACUCAUUUCCAUUUCGUCCAUCGGCUGGCAUACCCAGGCUUAAAUGGUUAUUUUAAUCUGACAAGGGUGGCCGGUUCCACCCUUCCCCCCAUCCUCAAUGCUGCUGAGGUUUACAUUCCUAUUAAUCUUUCAGUUUUGGCAACAGAUGCAGCCGAUGUUGAUGCUAUGAUGGGGAUAAAGAAAUUAUAUCAGAUGAAGAUAUGGCAGGGUGAUCCUUGUGCUCCGCAGCAAUUUAUUUGGAGUGGAGUAAAUUGCACCUACUCAAGCUCUGGUACCCCAAGAGUCACCUCAUUAACCCUCUCUUAUCAUGGGUUGAAUGGUGCUAUACCAAAUGCUUUGGCUAAUCUGAAGGCCCUUAACUAUUUGGACUUGUCAAACAAUGAUUUAACAGGCCCAAUACCGCCCUCUUUCGAAGAAUUGACAUCACUCACUGUGCUAAUUUUGUCAAAUAACCGACUCAAUGGGCCUAUUCCAGCUUCUUUAUGUGAUGGACAAUCAAAAGGAUUGCUUGAGUUGAGGUUUGUGCUGUAGUCUAACAUCCCAAAUCUUCCCACAAUUCCUUCUACCUAAUACUAAUAUCUUAUGAACUUUAUGUUCUGCAAAGAGUGGACAACAAUCCGGAUAUAUGUCUCUGUCAUAGUACAUGUCAAAUUGGCAGCAAAGGAAGGAAGCUUGCUACAGUCACCAUUGUGCUGAUCGCUGUCGUCCCAGCGCUGAUUAUACUGCUGCUCCUAUCAUUGCUUUUUUUCUUCUUGAGGAGAAGAAAAUCUACAACAAAAUUAUGAUAGCUUGUCGCUCGUUAAAAUAUUAGAAUUGGGCUGAGGCAAUGGAAAGCUAUUCAGAUUGUUGGCAGGUCUUUGUAGGUUGUUAUAUUAUGGUUAUUGUAUAAGUAUAUUUUGCAUGUAAUGAAAUGUGUCAGCAAAUUCGGAUUGAUAUAUCAUGUAAAAGCUUUAAAAGACCUUAUGUUUGAGAUUUUAGAAUGUUAAGUUGGUUUUACAAUGAUCUAAACUUAUGAUAAAUGGUUGAA